AUGCGCGCUACCCUUGACACAUCCCGCCUUGCGCCGCGCAAACGCACUCGUACCGGUUGUAUCAACUGCAGCCGUCGCCGCAGGAAAUGUGACGAAGCAAAGCCUAUUUGCUCGGGCUGCAGACGUCGAGGCGACACGUGUGAAUGGCGUCGACUCGGGUCUUUCCGAGAGGCUAAUCUCAGAGUCCUCGAACCCGAGCAUCCUUCCAUGAACCAAACUGCCAGUCGUGCAUCUCGUCAGAGUAAAUUUAAGAUCUUGAAUGUUGUUCCUGCGCGAUCUGCCAAGACAGCGGCAGUUAAGCAAUCUCGACGACCAGUAGAUGAGCGUGUCGCGUCAUCAGCACCGUUAGGAGAUGGCAACAAUGAUGAGAAUGCCAACGCAUGCUCCGGGCUGGAGUCUCCUUCGCCGAGCACUCAAAUUAUUGAACCCCAUCUCAGCCCGCGUACCGCGGAGCGACUCUCACCGCUAUCGCAUGAGAGCUUCCAGAACCUAGAUAGACUGGAUCUGCAGCAGUCUGCCGGAGGGGCGGAGCACGCAUCCCACAGCUCUCCAGAUGUGUCCCAUUACCAUCCAUAUAUGCAUUCGAGCCCUGAGUUUAUUGUCGAUGAAUUGGCAGCUGUUCAGAAUCUUACGGGGAGCACCGGGCAAUUCCCUCAUUCAGCAUCCAAUGUCUAUCAUACGAUACCCUCGCCCAUGUUUGAUCAAAGCGUGUUCUCUGAUGCAGUCAGCUUUACCAACGAUGUCUUUGUUCCUGGAUCUGCUUAUGAGGCUCUUCAUACUACCCUUCGCAACCGGCAGCUUUGGACUGCACGACCUGAUAUCCCAAGUCGGGGAAGGACUCCGGAGAUCGUGCCGGAGCCCGGCAGUACAGUGCUAGAAGGUUAUAAAAGAACGGAACUUCUUGUCGUCACACAUCAGAGAACAGGGCGCGAGUUUGAGCUACUGCCCGAACGGGAGAAUGUUCUGUGGCAGAAUUACCUCAACGAGAUUUGUCUUUGGCUUGACAUGUUUGACAAUCAUCGUCAUUUUGCUUCAACCUUCCCACAAAUGGCCAAGUCGGCGCCUCAUCUCCGCUACUCAAUUCUAGCCCUGUCCGCCCGGCAGAUGGAGCGGAAACAGAACCGGAAGUCUCAAUCCGAGAGUCUGUCCUUGUACCAAGAAGCAAUUCACCUGCUUCUCCCUGAGCUUGAAAGCAAGAGCACUCCUGUCAUCGCCUCCUGCGUGAUUCUUUGCGUGUUAGAAAUGCUUAGCUGCAACCCCAAGGAGUGGCGGCGGCAUCUCGAUGGCUGCGCAUAUCUGAUCCAGGCUGCUGAGAUUAAUGGAUUCUCUGGCAAGGAGGAGCAGGCACUAUUUUGGUGCUUCGCGAGAAUGGACGUCUGCGGUGGCCUCAUCUCGGAAGAAGAAACCAUCAUACCCAUUCGUAACUGGAUUCCACGCGACAUGAUCCCUUCCGAAGCUGCACAGUUGUUCCUGGCGUCAAAUGUCUAUGCUUUCGAUACAUAUGCCAAUUACACUGUGUUCCUAUGUGCGCAGACACUGGGCGUGCUGUUUGGCUCUGCUAGACUUUCCACAUACUACCACGGCAUCCUGGAAGAUGGCCACUCGUAUGUUGACCGAUGGCAACAACUGCUGCAUGAUGUGGAACAGUGGUACGAGAAUCGUCCCAGUCAGAUGAAGCCAUUAUUUAGUAUCCCGACCGCGACAGUUGGGGCGGGUAAUGAUAAGCCGUUUCCGACCGUGCUUUACGGGAAUGGAGCUGCUAUAUCUGGGAACCAACUUUAUCAUGCCUGCGCUCUUCUCUUACUCCAGGGAAAGCCCAAAACUCUUCCAAUGCAGCGACGUCGAACGAAGUCUGUCCUCUGGCAUGCACGACAGAUCUGCGCUAUCUCCGUCUCGAACACUCAUCACGGCUGCUGGACCAAUGCAUUGCAACCUCUCUGGCUAGCUGGCAAAGUGAUGUCUCACCAUUCCGAGCACGCCGCUAUUAUUCAGACGCUGACACGUAUCGAGCGGGAGACGGGGUGGGCAACAAGCUGGCGAGCAGAAGACCUUCGAGAAUUCUGGGGAGAUGAGGCAGAAGCAGAGGAGAUGGAGGAAAAUAUGCGAGUGGACAUGCAGCGAGAUACAAAUCUGCAGACUCCACCGAGUGUUCGAGGCAGUACGUGUUCGCAUUCCACCUUGUGA